CCCUGAUACAGGAAGUAUUUAAAGACUGAACUGUCAGUGAUGUGAGCCACUACUUUACAGCAGCUCAGCUGGACUCUGAUCUCACCAUGUUUCUCCACCGUGAGCUGCUAAUACUGAUACUUGUGCUGACUCUUCAUAGUCAAGUUUUAGUUCUGGUCACACAUGCAGUUCAAACAGGGGAAAUCAUUAGAAGUCGGGAGGCCGAGCCACAUAGCCGGCCUUACAUGGUGCUUUUGGAGGGGCUCAAGGAGGAUGGUAAUAUAAGCCAAUGCGGUGGCUUCCUUCUGAAUGAGGAUUUUGUGAUGACUGCAGCCCACUGCAAAGCCAAGUACACGGCCUUCCUGGGAGUUCACAAUGUCCAUAACAGAGCUGAAAUACAGACUAUAUCUGUGGAAAAAAAAUAUCCACAUAAAAACUACAAUGAAGAUGAUUAUAAAGGUGACAUAAUGCUUCUCAAGUUGAGCUCCAAAGCAAAAUUCAGCAAAGAUGUGAAACCCAUUGCUCUCGCAGACCAAGGUGAUGGCUCUCUGCCGACAAACUGUGCAAUCUCUGGCUGGGGAAGAUCAGUCCAGAACUCAAAAUAUAUGACUAAUGUACUCAUGGAAGUCAACGUAACAUUAGUUGACAGUAAGGAGUGUGCUCAGCACAAGGUGUACUGCACUGAUGUAGAGGCUGGGCCGGGUAAGGGAGACUCUGGUGGUCCACUGGUCUGUGGAGAUGGAAAGGCGUACGGGGUGGUGUCCAUACUCCAUCAAGAUCCAGAUGCCUCGAAAAGAUAUCAAUAUACUAAGAUUCCUGACUACAGAAGCUGGAUCGAUUUGAUUAAUGGGGUACGGUGUCCCCGGUGUCCCCCAAGGGUCUGUAACACUGUCAGGGGGUCCGCGAAAUAAUUUGCUAUAAAUGAUAAAAUUGUGCUCUAUCUUUAAAAAGUGCAUAUCUAUAGAUGGGGACCCCACGACCAAAACAAGCAUAUUUUGUCCAUUACUCCCACUUACAUUAGCUUUGGGCCAAUAGAAACGCUGAUAUGAUUGUGACACGCAGCAAUAAGUUCAUUAUUUUUAAGUUGAAGCAGUAAAUUUAAAUAUCUGGAUUUACUAGGACUAUGUCUUGCUACUGUUUAUUUUCUGAAAGCUUGAAAUAAAUGGUAUUACCAUUUAAUAACAUUACAAAUUGUCCCACUGUGGGACAAAUAAUGAAUUAUCUCAUCUUAUCUUAACAUGAUUCAAAUUGGAAAGUGUUUCUGUUUAUCAGCUCCUAUGGCAUCUAAGAGUACAAAUGGUAGUAGGUAUAUGCUUAAUCUGUGUUACGAUUAAGAAGGGUUCCUUGGAAAAUGUUCUCCUCUGUAAGGGGUCCCUGACCCCAAAGGUUUGAGAAACCCUGAUUUAAGUGACAUGUUUUGGCUUUUUAUGGCACAGCUGGGUUUUUUUUGCUGCCGAGGGCUACAAACUUGAUAACUGCAUUUUUUGUGAAUAAACUUUAGAUUAUUAUAAGCAAAUUUAAACCAAGCACUAGUCUUUAAAGCCAGGCUAGUAUGAGCUAGUAUCAUGGCACACAAAUUAAGUACAGCUUAAAAUCUGAAAAUAAGUGUGGACUCAGUGCUGUUUAAUAGAUGUAAAAACUACUGAUAU